AUGACUACAAUAUAUGUGAUAUGCGGACAAGAUUUUAAAACUUCAAUAGAUUCAAAUAACAUAUAUUCGCAACAACCUCAACAACUAACGUUACGAAAAAAUCGUGGUAUAUCAAAUAAUUUUGACCUCACAAAGACUUAUGAAAAGUUCGUACAACCAUACAAAGAAAAAGAUCCAGACAGUACUUUGUUUCCUUACAUCAAAAAUUUACCUGGCAAAUUAUUGGUAAAUAAUGAUAAAACACUUAGAAAAGUUAUUAAUAAACCAACAAGUAAAUGGGAAGAUAAAUUUCAAAUAGACGGUGCAACAAUCGAAAAAAAGCUUAAAUCAUUAUAUAUACGAGGCCCUAUACAAGGGGAUAAUAAUAUUAACAAAACAUCAACGACUUCAUCAACUACUAUUAAUCAUCAUUUAUACAUUCAAGGAAACUGUUUUGAUCAACAACAAAUUGCGUCAAAUAAUGAAGGAGAAGAUAAAUUUUAUGAAAAGAAGAAGAAAAAGAAGCAUAAGCAUGAUGAGCAUGAUGGUAAACGAAGACACAAACAUGAUAAAGAUGGAGGAGAAUACAAGAAAAAGAAACGGAAGAAAGAUAGAGAAUUAACUGCUAUAUGA